AUGGCGGAACGAAACCCUAGCACUCGAGCCACCGUGGAUCUGCUGAUCCUUGACUACAUGGUCUGCAUGUGUACCAGUGGCAUACUAGAAGCAAUUUGCCAAGCAAGACCAACCGAGGACAUUGAAAGGCUUGCGCUUUUGGUGGAACAAUUCCACCAGCGGCUUCUGGGUCAUUGUCUCGACGGCCCCUUGCCCUGGGACCUGGACUUCAAAUUACGCAUUUUCUACCUGUCCAAUCUGUUUCUCCACUGGCACCCCCCCAAAGAUCGUGACCUCGGUCACUUUGUGCCUCUGUCUGAUAUCGCAGUUCAGUUCAUGGACUUCUGUCAAUCGGCAGUCGCCCACGUAUCCCGAAGACGCUGGUUCGACCUUGGUGCCCACUUCAUGGUUCAUGCAAUGCUGGAAGAACAUGUGCGCUUCCCAGAACAGCUCCACAGACUCUGCAACUGGAGAACUAAUGACAGUGAUCUCGACAUAUGGUGGGAGGUCAGCCGUACUAUGUUCCUGGAGUACAUGCCACCCCCAUUUGGUACUGCGGAUCUAAAAAGCCGAGAGGAGCUCGAUGAGGUGUGGCCUCUCCAAUGGUUACAGCAUCGAUAUGUCGAUUUCUGCGAGGAUCUCAUGGAGGUCCUGGAUGCACCUCUUCUUCUUCAGCUGGAGCAUGGUCAACUGGAAGGGUUGACCCGGGAGGAGACACAGCGGGUUCGAGAAUACUGUGGGGUUUAA